AUGGCAGGGAGUGAAGACGAUCCCAGGGCCAGGGACUCGAAGGUCGCAGGCGCCAUCAUGGUCUGCGAUCGCGUUGGGCUUUCUAUGGAGACGGCACUGUUGCAGCUUUGGCAGCUGCCCAUGACGGAUCGGUUGCUUGAGGAGCACCUGAAACUGUGGACAUCCGCGCUCGUCAUGUUCGGCACAUUCUUCGAGAACGGGUGGACCCUCUGGGAUGCCAAACCUGACAACUACGGCAUGGACGAGGGAAACUACGAGCGGUUGCAGUUCUUGGACGUCGCGGCCCUAGAGAACAGAAGUGAACAAACGACCCGCCAAGAUGGCCAGCUGCUGUACAAGAUCAUGCAGCGCUUUUGCAAGGCAACAGUCGACCUGCUGGGAAAGGGAGGCACUCAUGAAACGUGGCGGCAAUGGCUGGUGCCGCUUUUCGAGAACAUGAUCGACGAAAAGAUAAUGCGUGCAUUUGCAGAGCACAUGUUCAGGCUUCUCGGCAGAAAGAGCUGGCUGCUCGUGCUCGUUGCUUUGCGGUUGAUCGUAUGUCCUGAUCGCGAGGAUUUCGACGUCUCCCGCAUCUUCGUUUGCCGACAGGUGUUCUGGGGAUUGUGGCUGGAAACAGGAGCUAGUGCACAAGACCUCACGGCCAGGAGCCAGCCGACGGGGGAGUCCGAGCCUGCGAAGAAGUCCGGGCCUCAAGUCACGACGGUGGCGGUCGGCGUCUCCUUGUUGGAUUCCGAGCUUAGGCCAAGCAAAAGAAAUCUGACGGCCAGGAACGAGCCGUGCAAGGAGUCGGAGCCUGCCAAGAAGUCCGGACCUCAAGUCGAGACGAUGGCGGCCAGUCCUUGGUUCCUGCCAGCAACCCAGCAGAGGAACGAGCCGUCGAAGGAGUCGGAGCCUGCCGAGAAGUCCGGACCUCAGGUCACGACGAUGGCGGCCGGUGGUUGGCUCCCGCCAGCAACUGUGCAGACGUGCGUGAAGGCCAGGAACGAGCCGUGGAAAGAGUCGCCGCGGGAAGAGUCGGAGCCUGCCAAGAAGUCCGGACCUCAGGUCACGACGAUGGCGGCCAGUGGUUGGCUCCUGCCAGCAACUGUGCAGACGUGCGUGAAGGCCAGGAAGGAGCCGCGGAAAGAGUCGUCGCGGGAAGAGUCGGAGCCUGCCGAGAAGUCCGGAUCUCAGGCCACGACGAUGGCGGCCAGUGGUUGGCUCCUGCCAGCAACUGUGCAGAGGUGCGUGAAGGCCAGGAAGGAGACGUGGAAAGAGUCGCCGCGGGAAGAGUCGGAGCCUGCCGAGAAGUCCGGUUCUCGAGUCACGAGGUGCGGUGUCUUGCUGGCCGCUGAGCUCAGGCAACGCAUGGAUGCAUCGCGAGAAUUAAGCGAAUGGGGACCCACCGUGUGCGUGGGGUUGCUUGGUCGCAGUGCACUGGUGAUGUUCCAGAUGCUGCCCAAGGAAGAAGGCGAUACUGCGAUAGAGCUCUUGUGCACCGUGAAGGAGAAGGACGUCGAGGUGAUUGAAUCGGUUCAACACGUGCAAGCGCACGUUUUGGCGGCGACACCACGGGAUGUCUCUCACAUGCUUAAGGAGGGCGAGCGCAAGCACGGGCUUCUUCGGGUUGAGCUUGUCUGCAGUACCGCAUGGACGCCCACCGACAAAUAUGCGGAGCGUCACAGAGUGCGUCGGUGCAUGCAUGUCAACGCUUCCCUCGCGCGGGUCUACUGGGAUCAAAUGAAUCGGGACAGCUGGCCCAAGUCUUUGCAGGACUGGCACGAGAUUGUGGUUGGCAAGACUCAAAAGCGUGCAGAGGCACCUAAGUUGACGUUGGAAACCCUGGAGAAGGCGAUGAAGGACGUGACCGUCGUCGCUGACCAGAGGGGCUUUUACAACAAGCCUAUCCAUGAUCUAGACACACAUGGACGGGUCAAUCGAAAGACGACUAAACUGGACGAAAACCCCCUCACGCGAGAAGAGCGCGAAGCCGAAGGGAUCACUUAUGGCGACCAGCAACCGAACAAGAGGAUGCGAGACAUUCCCAGCUACCGGCACAAGCCAUUGACGGCAUUGCUGCGGAACCUGCACCAACUUCUGCCGCUGGAGCGCUGCAACGAAACAGGGCAGCGACCGGCCGGAUGCAGGGAGCGGCAUGCUCCAACGAAGCCGCGAAAGCAAUCCAGCAAAACCGAUGGAGGCAUGUUCAAGUUUGCCCAGCAUGGCAUGGUUCUCCAGCUGGAGGACUUCAUCGAGGAGAAGUGCUUUGUACAGCCGACAGCUGCUGCAGAGGAGCAGGACUUUGGCUUUGUGCCGGCCGAGCUGCACAAUGUGGCCAGGGGCCUUGUUGCUUUCCUGAGGGUCAGAGCGUGCUCUUACGAUAACAUCUCGCCUCACAAGAAGACGGAGCAUUGGAGCCAUUGCUUGGAGUGGUGGGGUUUUUGGAUGUCGGACGAGGAAAUCCAAGCCGUGGCUGCACAAGCGACGUCCCUUGCAUUUACGCACAUGCGCUAUCUGAGUGCCUACGUGCGUUUGCAUCGAGCAACGUUUGCGCAGGAAAGUGUUGCCGCUGCCUCGCAGAUGUAG